UGAAUUAAACCAUCCUCCGAUCCAGAAAGUGAAAAAAUGGAGACAAUUCCUACCAAACACUUGUUCUGUUUUUUCUGCCUUUCAAUUGUCUUUGGCUCAGUGGAGGUGGCAGCGACUCAAAACACUACGGAAAAAGCAACAAUUCCGGUGAAUGUGGGAGUGGUUCUUGACAUGGAUGACUGGGUUGGGAAGUUAGGGUUGAGCUACAUCAACAUGGCCCUCUCCGACUUUUAUUCCAUUCAUAGUAACUACAGAACCAGGCUGGCUUUAAACAUAAGGGAUUCCAAGGGAGAUGUUGUUGGAGCGGCUGCAGCCGGUAAGAACCUACUCUUUCAUCGCCUCUUCAUUUUCUAUCAUCUUAAUUUGUUCCCUUCUUUAUUUUAACUUGUUCCAUAUUUGCUUGCUGAUCACUUUUAUGAGUAUGAGUCUAUAUCUCUUUAAUUUAAUUUCUUUCAUGUGUCGAAUACAUAGAAAAAGAAAUUCUUCCAUGUUUUCCUUUGGAAUAAACCAAGAAAAUGUUA